AUGAGUCUUGCAGUUUCCAUGAGAAAUUUAGAUCAAGCUUUCCAAGGAGCCGGGCAGAAAGCUGGAAUCGAAGUUUGGCGCAUCGAGAACUCUCGGCCGGUUUCUCUUCCGACUUCGUCAUACGGAAAAUUUUUCACAGGGGACUCUUAUAUUAUUUUAAAGACAUUUGCCUCGAAAAGUGGUGUGUUACGUCACGAUAUUCACUACUGGCUUGGUAAAGAUACAAGCCAGGAUGAAGCAGGUGCUGCUGCAGUCAAAACUAUUGAACUUGAUGCUGCUCUUGGAGGGCGGGCUGUCCAAUAUCGUGAGGUGCAGGAACAAGAAACAAACAAGUUUCUUUCCCUUUUCAAGCCAUGUAUCAUGCCCCGGGAAGGUGGAGUUGCAACUGGAUUCAAACAAGUUGAUGAAGACGAAUAUAAGACACGUUUGCUUGUUUGCAAAGGAAAACAAUAUGUCCAAGUAAAAGAGGUUCCUUUUGCUCGAUCCACACUCAACCAUGAAAACAUCUUUAUACUGGAUACCCAGUCUAAAAUCUUUCAAUUUAAUGGUUCCAAUACAUCCAUUCAAGAGAGAGCAAAAGCACUAGAAGUUGUCCAAUACAUUAGAGAUACUUACCAUGAUGGGAAAUGUGAUAUAGCUACCAUUGAGGAUGGAAAGUUAAUGGCUGAUGCCGACAGUGGAGAGUUUUGGGCAUUAUUUGGUGGCUUUGCUCCACUUCCAAGGAAGACUGGUGCUCGUGGUGAGGACACAACUACUGAUUCUCAUCCAACCAAGAAACUACUACGUGUCGAGAAGGGGAAGGCAGAUCCUAUUGAGGUCGAUUCCUUGACAAGAGAGUUGUUAGACACAGAUAAAUGCUAUAUUUUGGAUUGUGGGUUAGAAGUCUAUGUAUGGAUGGGAAGGAAUACUUCUCUUGAUAAAAGGAAGAGUGCGAGUAGUGUGGCUGAGGAGUUACUCCGAGAUUCCGAUCGACCAAAAUCUCACUUAAUUCGUGUAAUAGAAGGAUUUGAGACCGUUACAUUUCGGUCAAAGUUUGAGUCAUGGCCCCAGACCACCAAUGCUACUGUCACUGAGGAGGGUAGAGGCAAAGUAGCCGCUCUUUUACAACGACAGGGGCUGAAUGUCAAGGGUCUUUUAAAAGCUGCUCCUGAGAAGGAAGAGCCCCAAGCACAUAUUGAUUGCACUGGAAAUUUGCAGGUUUGGCGUGUGAAUGGUCAGAACAAAGUUCUCCUUUCAGCUGCUGACCAGUCGAAAUUUUACAGCGGGGAUUGUUAUAUUUUUCAGUAUUCUUAUACCGAAGAAGACAAAGAAGAGCAUCUUAUAGGAACAUGGUUUGGAAAGCAGAGCGUUGAGGAAGAAAGAGCUUCUGCUGUUUCUUUGGCAAGCAAAAUGGUUGAAUCGAUGAAGUUCAUGGUUGCACAAACUUGCAUCCAUGAAGGAAGUGAACCCGUUCUAUUCUUUUUAAUUUUCCAGAGCUUUAUCUUGUUCAAGGGUGGUCUUAGUGAUGGAUACAGGAAGUACAUUGCCGAGAAGGAAAUCCCGGAUGAGACUUACACUGAAGAUGGUGUCGCACUGUUUCGAGUUCAGGGUUCUGGACCCGAAAAUAUGCAAGCGAUACAAGUUGAAGCAGUCGCACCGUCUUUGAACUCUUCCUACUGUUACAUAUUACAUAGUGGUUCCACCGUCUUUACGUGGGCCGGAGGCCUAACUUCCCCGGAUGACCAGGACCUCGUCGAGAGACAGCUAGAUCUCAUAAAGCCCGAUUUACAAACCAAGCCACAAAAGGAAGGAUCGGAGUCUGACGAGUUCUGGGAGUUGCUAGGAGGAAAAACUGAAUACCCAAGCCAAAAGAUCUCAAGUGUACCUGAAGGUGAUCCUCAUUUAUUCUCUUGCACGUACUCGAAAGGAACUCUGAAGGUGAUGGAGAUAUAUAACUUCACCCAGGACGAUCUGAUGACCGAAGAUAUAUUCAUCCUAGAUUGUCACUCGGACAUCUUCGUUUGGGUAGGACAACUAGUUGAUACCAAGAGUAAAUUGCAGGCCUUAACAAUCGGUGAGAAAUUUCUCAAGCAAGAUUUUCUCUUUGAAAAUUUAUCUUGUGAAACUCCGAUAUACACAGUCAUGGAAGGGAGUGAGCCGCCCUUCUUCACUCGUUUUUUUACGUGGGACUCUGCAAAGUCCAAUAUGCAUGGGAACUCAUUUCAAAGGAAGCUUACUAUAAUGAAACACGGGGGUACACCAAUAACAGAUAAACCGAAGCGGAGAGGGACUGCAUCGAUUGGAGGAAGAUCUAGUGGUGCACCAGAAAAACCGCAACGUUCGAGAAGUGUGUCCUUCAGCCCUGACCGACCUCGUGUGAGGGGCAGGUCUCCUGCUUUCAAUGCACUUGCAUCUAGAUUCGAGAAUCCUAGUAGUAGGAACCUUUCUACUCCACCCCCAAUGGUUAGAAAAGUCUACCCGAAAUCCGGGACUCCGGAUUCAGGGACGAAGGCUGCAGCUAUAGCAGCUCUUACUGAAAGUUUUGAUCGCCCAUCAGCUCGAGAGACUCUCAUGCCUAGAAUUGUGAAGAAGGCGGCGAGCCCAGCAGCAUCCAAGGCAACAUCACCAGAGCCUAAGACAAAGGAGAAUUCCAUGAGCAGCAGACUAGAAUCCCUCACUAUACAAGAAGACGUGAAAGAAGGCGAGACCGAAGACGAGGAAGGCCUUCCGAUACACCCUUACGAACGUCUUAAAACGUCAUCAACAGAUCCCGUCACCGAUAUAGACGUGACCAAACGAGAGACUUACCUAUCAGCCACCGAGUUCAAGGAGAAGUUCGGGAUGAAAAGGGUUGAAUUCUACAAGUUGCCUAAAUGGAAACAAAACAAGCUCAAAAUGGGUCUUCAACUGUUUUAACUCCCCCUUUCCUAGGUGCAUUUGCUUUUUCUUCAGAUCCAAGCAAACAAGGUUGCAGGUUGAAGAAGACUUGCUUGCAAAAUCUGUAAAAAUUCUUUCUUUUCCAUCAAGAAAGUUCGUUUUUUCUUAAGUAAGACAACAUUUAGUCCUUAAACUUCACAACUUUUUCCAAUUUUGAUCCAUGUGAUAACAUGACACUUUGAUACCA